AUGAUUGAGAUACUGGGAGGAUGCUCACUGCUCAUCUCAGUCUUCAUCAUUUUCGUAGUUUACCAGAUCUACACCGUGUUAACCAUAGCUUACACUCGCUCCCUCUACAACGGCAUCCCCUCCCCACCCCUAGACAACUUCUUGAACGGACACCAACUAACCAUGGUGGCUGCUAAAAAGAGCAAUACUUUCCUUGAUUUGUUUGGGGCCUGGUGCAAGGAAUACGGGAGUUCUAUCAUGGUGUUUGCUGGCUUCAGAAACAUCCUCUUUACCGUAGAUCCUGAUAUGUUCAAAGUCGUUACCAGUGAUUUGAACAGUUUUAGUAAGUUGGAUGAUCUGCCAAACCGGUCGCUGUUUGGUCAGAGAAUUGCCGGAUGGAACAGUGUGUUGACUGGUGGUGGCCAUAACUGGGCUAUUAAGCGGAAGAUCAUGAGCAAGUUCUUCGCCAAAGCAAAUAUGAGCGAAGCUUUUGAGUUCUGUAAACCUUUGAUGCAAAACUACGUCAGGUCAACUCUUGCUCAAAAAGUUGGAAAAGGUCAAGUUCUUGAGCUGCACGAAGAGUUUUCUACAAUCUUUUCUGCAUAUCCAGCUGCUGUUGGAUUAAACGGCUUUGAUGAUCCUAGCACCAUUGGUAAAAAUAUUACCAAAAUUUUGGAAAUGAUUCCCAAGCAACUCGGGAAAAUGAGUUUGACUAAAAUUCUUUUUGCAAUGGGCAAAGAAAAAAACGAAACUGUUGAUAUGGUCAUUGCCAUGAGGACGCGACUCAAAGCCAUGUCUUUGGAAAAAUCUCAAGAGAUGAAAAGUUCUGACUCCGAGACACAGCCAACUGAUAUCUUUGGACUUCUGAUCCAAGCAAACGAACGUUGCGAUUUUCAGAGAGACCUUCUGGACGAAUACGUGGUGGAUGACAUCCUGACUGUUUACCUGGUGAUGGACAACAUGGUGAAACAGCUCGCAUCCCUCUUCAUCUUCCUAGAAUCACAUCAGCAGGUGUACCACAAAAUGGUGGAGGAGAUACGCCAGUUCACCCUGACAGACUGCACCUCCUUGUCCCAGCUGAGGUACACAGAGAAGGUCCUGUUGGAGUCACUGAGGAUGGCUCCUGCACUUCUUAGAGGGACAAGACUGCUCAAAACAGCAGGUGGGGGACCCACCAAGAUAGGUCACUACAUUCUCCCCAGUAACACCCAGAUACACUUCAGUCAGUAUCUUAUUCAUCACAAUGAGGACGUCUGGAAAGCUCCGGAUGUUCUAGAUCCGGAACGCUGGUCCGGUGGUUUCAAUCCGGAACCUUACACUUACAUGCCCUUCCUGGCAGGCCCAAGAGGGUGUCUUGGUAAACAUUUUGCAAUGAUGACCAUGAAACUCACUCUUGUUUCUCUACUUCAGAAGUUUGAUUUCACUCCUAGGCUUAGUAAAGAAAAGAAGCCAACUAUUGAUCAAGGUAUGGCUGUUAUGAGAAUCAGGAAUAAUGUCGACUAUGAGCUGGUACCAUUCUGUUAA